CAUAAAACUUUAAAGAAGAAGAACGGAAGUGACCAGUGACCAGAAACAAGCGUUUAUGUUGAUGUUAUUUAGACGUUUAUUAACACCCUGGAACGAAAACGGUGACACUUUUAACUGCACAGAAUCGCAUAAUUACCCCAGGCAGUUUUUAAUUCGCGUUGAUCAGGGGUCUUUGUAUAGAUGCUAGCUGGCUGCUGGUUAGCUAAAAAUGGCUAACGUUAACUGUAUGGUUUUUCACACUCAAAUAGCCUCCAUCAUGGAGGUGCUAGCGAAUGCAGCCGUGGCAGAGAUCUGUAAAGUCGUAGACGACGACUAUGCAGUGUUUCGUUUGGAAAUAACUCAAAGCAAGAAAGAAAGCAGAGGAUUGCGGAGGAAACUACAACUACUGGAACUGAAGAUGGCACGGGAGCGCGCAGAGAGAAUAAUGCGAGAGCGCGUCCUCGCCAGUCGUCCCAGUAGUGUCAAGAUCCUCGACCGAUACAAAGGAAUGACAAGAGGUGAAGGACAUCUACCUGGAGGCCACAAGAGCUUUGUGAAGCCAGUGGGACACAAUACAUGGAGAGAUGACCAACCAAUCACUGUUGAUGAGGGGAGUGGAACCUCAACCCAGCACGCUAUCGUAGAGUCUGCAGAUACAGAGGCUGUAGCUCCUGGGGUCAAACUGGAGAGGUCUAAAGGAGAGGAGUACCCACGGCACAGUGAUGACAUUGAGACUGGACUGGCUGGAGUGCCCCCUGUAGCCACGAAGGACACCACAACCGCCUCAGGGUGGCCCAGAACCCAACACAGCAUCACGGAGGAGGAGGGUCCAGAGGUGCUGCUGGUGAAGGAGGAGGGGUGUGAGGAGAGUCUGGGGAACUCUGAGGGGACCAUGGUCAUGGAGGACAACCAGACUAUACCUCCUCCUGAACCCACAGAAGAACCAGCUGAGCAGCACAAGACCACACACAGUCUCACUGAGUCAGUAGACAUGGAGGAUGGGAAUCUUGAUCUGCUGCUGGUCAAAGAGGAGACAAUUGAAGAAGAACCAGAGAGCAUUGAUCUGCUGAGUGGACUAAAGAUGGGGGAGAAAGGUGGUUGGUUGGAGGCUAACAGAGGAGACUGGGCAGCCAGCUUGGAUUCCCAGACCCCAACAGGUGCAACCAAGGGCCCAAGGGACAUCACCACUGAGCAGGUCAGGACCAGAGGCGACAUAGUGGAAGUCAGUGGAUGGGACAGCGUCCUCAACUCUGGGCUGGGGAACAACACAGUUAACCACAACCAGAAACAGACAACCGAACACAAAACAACAACCGAACUUAGUGUCCAUGACAACAGACUAGCUGAGACCAGGGCGAGGUGUAGAUUUGGUCUACGGGCACGAGGAGGUGUCUGUCUAAGAACAGACUCGACUAGCGAUGCUCCGUCCUGCUCCUAUAGUUGUGAUUCAGAGAGACUGAUGGCGCCUCAGGUUAACCCCCUAACAGGUGCUGCCUUCAGCCUACCUUCUAUAGGAUCUAUCAACUGGAACAUGGACCCUGUGACAACACAGACAGUCCCUGGCCUUAAUCCUCCUCACACUCUCCUAAUGUUAAACCAGACCUCAGACAAUGCCAGUGCCUCAACACUAAAUGGCUACACAGGCCCAUUGACAAAUGACAGUAGUAGUAACGCUAUCAGUAGAUCUGGUGGCAAAGAGAAGCGAUUCCAGUGUUCGUUCUGUGGGAAAGCCUUCAGUUUCCCCAAACAGGUGGAGAUCCACCAGAGGAUGCACACAGGGGAGAAGCCAUUCGGCUGCCACCUGUGCCAAGCCAGUUUCUCAGACUCUUCCAACCUGAAGAGGCACCAGAGGGUCCACACAGGGGAGAAACCAUUCGGCUGCCACCUGUGCCGGGCUAGUUUCUCCCACUCCUCCAGCCUGAAGAGGCACCAGAGAGUCCACACAGGGUAGAAAUCCUUCAGCUGCCCCAGUGUGAGAAGAGGUUCUCCCACCAGCUGAACAUGCACCUGGAGGUCAACAAGGGGAACAGGUUCUCAGCGAGGAGGUACCUCAGAAUACGCAUAGUGAUAUGUUGUACAUUUAUAUUGGCAUUUUAGUAAUUUAGCACUCUAGUUAGUUUGAAGGUAAAGUGUUUUAUACACAGAUCUUUACAGGAAAUCUACUGAUCGUAACCGUUUGUUGAGGGCUGACAGUUGUCACCCACUUCCCUUGAAAAAUAGUUCAGAUUUCGACAGAAAUAUGGCUGAGACGCAAAGAAAAUUCAAGGAGAGGAGGUACAAAAAUGAUCAGAUUAAUAUUGCCAUUGGGAAAAUCCAAAACAAAACAUGACCUUUUUCAAGGUCAGUCUCUCAAAAAGACGCAUUCUUGCGUUCUAACUACCCGCUAUUCAAAGUGCUCUGAACAAAUUAAGGGAAUCGUUCACACAUUGGCACAUUCUAAAAUCCGAUCAUAAUCUCGGUAAUGUGUUUUCGAACCUCCCCUUGGUCGUAUUCUCGCUGGGCAGAAAUCUCAGAGACCAAUUGGUACACUGAUUUACCACCCCAAGAUAUUCCCGAACAAUGUCUUUUUGCGCCCGUACUGGAUGGAAAUUACAAGUGUAAUGGCUGUGCUCAAUGCAAUGGCACUUAUAAAUGUUGAUCCUUCAAACACCCAAAAACAGGGAAAUAGAUCCCAAUCAAAGUUGUUAUUAUGUGCUCCACUAAGGCAGUUAUUUAUCUGAUAACUUGUCCUUGUGGUAAAAAUCAUGUGGGUAAAACAAAGCACAAAUUAAAAGUACGUAUCUCAGAGCAUCGUAGCACCAUUAGGUGCAAAAACUCGACUUACCCAGUUGCGGCCCACUUUUUGGAAGCAAACCACUCGAUUUCGUCUCUGCGUUAUAUUGGCAUCAACAUGUCACCCUCCUUAGGAGAGGGGGUGAUCUUGAUAAUUUAUUGUUAAAAUGAGAGGGUGCCUAGAUCUUUAAUUUAAAGAGCCUUGCUCCCUUCGGUCUCAACGCAGACUUUGAUCUGAAGCCAUUCUUGUGAUUAUUGUAACUUUUGCCAUUGUAAUCGUUUGUAAGCUUGUGUAGUCUAAAAUGAAUCUAUGAUCGUAUGCUAUCCAUUUGUUUUUUGUAUGCUGAUCUUUGUCUGCCAUUUUAAUAUGUGAGAAUUAACCAAUGAUAUUAGGCCACACUUGGCCAUGAUUACAGACACCGGUGUGUCUUUUGACACUCUAUAAACGAGUCACCCCGCAUUGUUUGUGAUUACACCCUGAUGAAGACAGCUUGGCUGUCGAAACGUUGGAUAUUAAAUGUUUUGCAUCUGAGCUCUUAGAGUGUGCAGCUCUCCUUUAUUUUCAAGUUUUCUACUCCCUUAGCCAGCACCUCGCCUAUAUAGGUGUGCGUUUCUUUUUCUUCUUGAAGGUAAAAGUGUUAGCAAAGUUAUUCAACAGUCGUUGCCAAAAGUUUUGAGAAUGAGACAAAUAUUAAUUUUUUACAAAGUCUGCUGCCUCAGUUUGUAUGAUGGCAAUUUGCAUAUGCUCCAGAAUGUUAUGAAGUGAUCGGAUGAAUUGCAAUUAAUU